GCAAAGUUUACUGGACCCUCCAUGCAAACUGUCAGCUGAAGACAAAGUGGGGAAACCUUGGAGAGGCUUUCAAUUAUUUGGGCAGCAGUGGGGGAGAAAAAAAAAAUAUUUAUCAUGGUGAAAAAAAUGUAAACUAUUUCGCAUCUGAACCAGUGAGUCGACACAUGAAAUCGGAGUCCUCGUAAGGGAAUUUAAAAAAACAAAGACAAGCUAGUACAUCAGUGAAGCUAGUUGAGGACCUGCCAACACAAAACAGCUUGCAGCCUCUGCCUUCAAGGUGCCUUUACCAUGGUGACACUAAAAGAAUCAAACACUGCACAAUAAGCCAGAGGGGGACAAAAAGAUUUGUUGCCACUGCAUUGCCUCACUUUCAUCUCAUCCCCUUUGAACACUUUGUUCCCACACUGGCACUAACCCGGUGCAGACAUGCAUCUGGAAGUGAAGGUCGCUCUCAACUUCAUCGUGUCCUACCUGUACAACAAGCUGCCUCGUCGACGAGCCGACCUGUUUGGCGAGGAGCUGGAGAAGAUACUAGUUUCUCGUUUUGAGGGUCACUGGUACCCCGAGGCCCCGCUCAGGGGUUCUGCUUUCCGCUGCAUUCACCUGGGUGCGCCGAGGGACCCUGUGGUGGAGUUGGCUGCCAAAAGAAGUGGGCUGGACACGGAGGAGGUGCGGGCAAAUGUUCCUGCAGAGUUGAGUGUGUGGAUUGACCCUUAUGAGGUGUCCUACCAGAUUGGAGAGAAGGGUGCGGUGAAAGUGCUCUAUCUGGAGUCUCCCCCUGGCCUCGGUUGUGACAGCGAGCCGGCCGAAGGGGUCAUCAGAGAGGCCAAAGGAGAUGCAGAGACGGAGGAUGCCAAGAGCUUGGGCUUUAAUCCAGAUGCUCAAGUGUUUGUACCAGUUGGAAGUCAGGCAUCUCCUUCCUUAAUGCCAUCCCUCUCCAGUUCUCCCACACCCCUAUCUGCCCAGUCCUGCCCUGGAAUCUUCAGCUACCCCAGCUCCAGCACACCCACCGAUCCCAGCAUCCAUUCCUCCAACACAUCUACUCCUUCUCCUCCGAGCGGCGGUCUGCCCUACCUCUCCACUCAGCAGCCACCUGCUGCUCUUCCUGCUGCCCGUCCACAGCCAAUCACCUUCACCACUGCCAGCUUCGCCGCCACCAAAUUCGGCUCCACCAAAAUGAAGAAGUGCAGUGGGGCCGGGUCGGGGUCCGCAGGCUCUGGUGUCAUCGUACCACCAUCCCAGAGGAUACUCUCCCGCUCUCCUACCACCAUCUCAGCACCAGAGCUGCUUAAGCACAAGCCCCUCUCUCUCUCCUUGCACUCCCUCGGGGGUCCCAUCCACAGCCAGCUCUCCCCCAACGCCAAAGAGUUUGUCUACCCAGGAUCUCCAGGCCCUCUUUACUUUGAUGCAGACACCCAGCCCAUUCAGCCUCUUACCAGCCCUUUCCAGCCCUCGCACACUAUCAACACCCACCCACCCUUUGAUCCGUUCUCCAGCCCUCCUGCCCAGAGCGUGGGCAUCAUUGGCAGCAGUGGAGGGAUCUCUUACAUGGAGAAGCCACCAUUUGUUGAGGGUUUAGGAAGCUACAACCUGCAAUAUCCCAGCCAGUCUUUCCAGCCUGUCGUGCUGGCCAACUAAGCCUUCAUUUGUAAUAAGAAUUGUUGCAGGAGCAGUUGGGUGUACGGCAAUGACCCUCCUGAUAUUUUCAGUUUUUCUAACAAAUUGUUCUAAUACUAAUGCGUGUUAAGAAUUAGUUUUACUACAAAGAUUUAAAAUGUCCACUAAAUAUUUAGUGUGAUUUGUUUGGUAUCUCUAUAGCCCUCCCCAAACUCCACCCUGCUCCUACUUCCUGUGUCCAUUGCUGUCACUCGUUAUUUGUUAUUUGUUAUUUGUGUUGGCUUGGAAUGGGUGCUUCUUUUUUUUGUCCACCUUUUUGCCGUCUCCAAUUUCAUGUUUAUGAUUUUGCAAUGAAUGCUAAUGUGAGUUUUUUCCUUUUUUCUUGUUUUUUGGGACUUGUAGUCUAGUGGACUCUAGUAUAGCUCCAUUUUGCACUGCACUGUCAUGCUGUGAAAAAGGACUUUGCCAAGUCCUGCAGGGAACGACGGCUGUGGAAAACUCAGCACUUUGCUCUGCAAUCUGCUCUGCCCUACUUGCCACAAAUACGGGGUGGGGUUGGUGGAGGGGCUCUGCUCUCUGUGCGUAUAGUUCGCUUCUGUUUGGUCGUGGUUCAGAGUGAUUGAGAGACUCGUUGCUUGCACAGUGAAGCCCUGUUACCUUUGAAACAACCUGACGCACGGGCAUAUUUCAAGUCUUGUUGGUGGACGCAUGUUGAAAGCAGGUUAUCAUCAGCUGGAAUGGGCACGUGACCGGGGUUUCAAUGAAGCAAGGGCAGCUAAGGGGAGAAUCGAGGCGUUAAGAGUAAUGUAGUUGAAUGUAUUGUACCUGUCAAGGGAAACUGCAGCUGUGAAGGUCGGCAAAAUGGAUUUGGGGGUGGGGGGGUACCUUUUUAUGAAUGUGAAAACAAAUGAAUCUUUUGAAUUUUAAGGCGAUAACCAUGUGCUGAUUAGGCCAGUUGUGCACAUAAAGAUGCAAAUUAUGGUUUCACACGUAUUCUAACAUACACCAGUCAGCAGCAGAUGAAGGUGAACAGGCGGGGAAGGAUGAGAGGUGAGGGUGGUGGUGGUGGGGGGGAAUGCAGCAGCAGCUCAGCGUUAGGGAUUGUGAUAAAUGGCUUAGCAUGACUUUGACUAUGAAGGAGAGGCUUUCCUCUGCAUGGACAGGAGGGAGGGAGGGAGGGAGACGGGAAGAGAGAGAAGCAGCUAGAGGGUUCUGUUGCCCCCUGUGCCAUUCAGGGUGUACUGGCUUAGAAAGCAACACUUUAACACCCAGAGCACGUUUCUGAUGGGCUUAAAUGGUAUUGAAGCCAAAGGCUCACUAUUCUCUCAGUCCUCUUAAAAUUCUCCAGCGAUCUCUGCUCCUCCGGCUGUUGCAAAGGAAAAACCAGAAUCGUACAGUUCAGGUUGCUCUCUUUAUUUUAUUUUUUAUUUUUUCCCAGCUGCAGUGAUGCGAACAGAGAUGCAAUGAGGAGCGUUCUUCUGUGGCAUCUGUCGCGUCACUGGAUAGCUUGUCAAAGAUCUGAUGUUUGUAUUGGUGCAGUUUAACAGCGGGGCCUGAUGUCAUUGUUGGUUCGUCCCUGAAAGAGAAGGGUAACCUCCACAUGUCCACGUCCAGCGGUCCAGCACUUUAUUACCAGGCUCCCGAUGCCGAACCGUUCCUUUGCCCUCCGUUUGGCUGUUGCACAUUUUAUUCAGAUGUCAUGAAAUGCUUUGGAAACUCCAAUGAGCUACAUUUGCAUCACAAACGGGAAAGAGAUGCAGUCAGUCUCACUCUUGGUUGGCUGGUUGUUUAGUUUUUUGUUAUUUUGUUAAUGUUUUUCAGACUAUAGAUAUUUUUGUACUAGAAGGACCCUUGUCUUGUCCUCACGUUGGUUUUGCAAUGUGGCAUUACUGUCAUAUGCAGCAAGCUUUAGUUCUUUUUGUUUAAGAGGGAAUGAGUGGGUGAAGUGUACACCUCUGUAAAUGUUACAGUUGUGAGGGAAAAUGCUUUUUUUUCUUUCCUUUUUGAUCUUGAAUCUAUUUCCACCAUUUUAUUUUUUUUUUAUAUAUUAGUUUUUGAAAAUGAUCACUUAAACAUUUGUAUAAGACAUGCAGAGUCCAGGAAUAUGUGUAUAAAAAGUUCUUAUGUUGAGAUUCUUUGUUUAGUUUCUUACAUGCUGAAGUUAUUUUUUCAGAAAAAUAACAUGAAUAUAUGCAAAUUGAGACGUAAAUAAAGAUGUACAGAAUAAAGUAUUGAAUGUUUAUUGUACCUUGUACACCAUAUGUCUAAUAAGACGGGUAAAUGUAAUCAUUCUUCAGUUUGCAGUUGGAGUUAGAAAUGUUUACAGUGGGUUUGUGUAGGAAAAGAUGGCUGAUCACCUCUUUCUGUGCUCCGAGGGCAGUCUGACAGCACUCCUCCCCAUAGGCAUUACAUUUAAACCAAAAAAAUGUAUUUUUUUUCUUUUUUUUUUAAUUUAAAGAAAUUAAUUAGUCCUAUUUUCACGUAGCACACACUCUGUAUAUUAUAAACUCCCCAACACUCUUAAUUUAUCUGCAUUUCAAUUCCCAGAUCUGCUAAUAUUAAAAAGAACAAAAUGUUCCUUCUAUCUUUAUCGUUUUGUUUUUUGUUUUUUCUUGACUGAGCCACCCUUGCUCCAUCAGCCCGAUCCUUAUGGUACUGAUACUAUAGCCAUAAUCCCAGACUGUCUUUACUUACACACCCUUCUCCAAUUCAAUGAAAUGCCAUAAGUUUUUAAACAACCCUGAUGAUUCAAGGGGUUUCUACCUCUCUCCAGUAUCUCUCUUCAAUAGGAAAGCAACCGGUUUGGGAAAAGAUGAAGGAAAUGAAUGUUGCUCUGAACUGUUGUCAACCCUGGUUUAGAUGGCAUUAGGUUUUUUUUAAUGGUGGAAACAUUUGGAGGGAUUCUUUGAGUCAAACAUUUCUCUGUACCCCUCACAUCCUGAUUAAAACCUAAAUUAAAACAAAAAAUCAGCAUAGAGGAGAUGGUGGUAUUAAAUUUCCUAAUAACACAAGCUGGAGAGUCAGCUCUUAGAUAUUUGAAAGAUGUAACUAAAGGGGGGAAGCACCAUAAACCUGAAUGCGGGCUGUUCUAAAAUCAGGGUUGAGCAGGAAUGACGAUGGAGACAAGAAUUUUGUAUUCUGAUGUUGUUUUGCUUAUAUUGAUGUUUGCGUUUUACUUUGCACUUUGGGAUAUUUCAUUGUCAUAAAAUAAAUUUAUUUUCUAUGUAAAAAAAGAAAAAGAAAAAAGUGAAUAAACAGUAACAUUUAAGAGUAAAAUGGAUCUAAUAAAAUGUUCAGAUGAUGUAUAAAUAGUGUUUUCUUUCCUGCCUGUAUUUUAUUAUUAUUCUUCCUAUUUUGUAUCUGAUCUGUACACCCUGUAGAUGUAUAAUGAAUAUUUCACUACUGAGAUGCAAUGACCUGUUUUCUGUGCUGCCCCCUCGGGAAUGGGGAGUUACUACUGCAGUUUCUUAUUGUAUGAGAUUCUUUUUUAAGUUUGUAAUAAAAACAGAUUGGCAAAAAAA